GCGCAGUCGCGCAGUCGCGCUCCGGACCCAGAAAAGGGACGGAGAAGAGCGAUCACGAGGGAUCGCUGCGAAUAGCUGAGAGUUCGCGGCCGCGAUGUUCUUUCUGCAGAGGUCCAUAAUAUCAUGCGGCAGAAAUGGCACAGGAGCAUGGGCACGGGUGCUCCCUCCUACGCACCCUGCCGUCAAGGAUAUCCAACAAAGGGACAUCCACGAAAUGUCCGGAGACGUCGUCCCCAGGAACAUGAUCAAAGGCAUCGGACAUCUACGUGACCCACGACUGAACAAGGGACUAGCUUUUACUUUAGAAGAGAGAAUAACCCUCGGGAUCCACGGCCUUCAACCACCACGAUUUAAAACCCAAGAGGAACAAUUGGCCCUCUGCAAAGCCUCCGUCAUGAAGUACACGGAAGAUCUGAACCGAUAUCUUUAUCUGGUGGAACUCCAGGAACGAAACGAACGGCUGUUCUUCCGUCUGCUGAGCGAGAACAUCGAGCAAAUGAUGCCCAUUGUCUACACCCCGACGGUGGGACUUGCCUGCCAGAAGUUUGGAGUUAUCUACCGGAGGCCACGUGGUCUGUUCAUCACCAUCUACGACAAGGGUCACAUUUCCGAGAUCCUGAACAACUGGCCAGAGCAAGCAGUGCGAGCGAUUUGCGUGACCGAUGGCGAGCGAAUUCUGGGCCUCGGGGACCUUGGAGCUUGCGGAAUGGGAAUUCCCGUAGGAAAGCUCGCCUUAUACACUGCCCUGGCAGGGAUCAAGCCCCAUCAAUGUCUGCCGAUUACUAUAGACGUAGGUACGAACAAUGAACAGCUGAGAAACGACCCUCAUUACAUUGGCCUGAACAAGCCCAGAAGCCAAGGCGCCGAAUACGACGAGCUGAUCGACGAGUUCAUGGCCGCCUGUGUCCGGAAGUACGGACAAAAUGUAUUAAUCCAGUUCGAGGACUUCGGGAACCACAACGCGUUCCGCUUCCUCGACAAGUACCGAGACAAGUACUGUACAUUCAACGACGACAUCCAAGGCACAGCCGCGGUCGCCGUGGCUGGGAUCCUGGCGUCCAAGAGGAUCACCAAGAGGAAAAUGUCGGACAACAAGUUCGUCUUCCUCGGCGCGGGUGAGGCGGCGAUUGGAAUAGCGGACCUUUGCGUAAAAGCCAUGGAAGCCGAUGGCUGUACGGAGAAGCAGGCAAGGGACAACAUCUGGAUGAUGGACAUUGACGGACUCCUGGUGAAGGAACGGCCAGAGGGCAAUCUGGAGGGCCACAAAGUCUGGUACGCAAAAGACUACAAGGUCAUGAAGAAGCUCAUAGACGUCGUCAAAGAAGUGAAACCCACCGUGCUGAUUGGCGCAUCGGCAGCGGCAGGUGCCUUCACCUCGGAGGUCCUCGCAGAAAUGGCCAAGAACAACGAGAGGCCGCUAAUCUUCGCGUUAAGUAAUCCUACAAGCAAAGCCGAAUGUACUGCCCAACAGGCUUACGACCACACGGAUGGUAGAUGUGUGUUCUCAUCGGGGUCGCCGUUCGGUGAAGUCGUUUACAAAGGUAAAACCUACAAACCGGGACAGGGCAACAAUGCCUACAUAUUCCCAGGUAUCGCACUUGGUGUCAUCGCCACCGGAUGUCACCACAUCACGGAGGAGCUGUUCCUAAUCUCGGCGCAAGCGGUCGCCGAUCACGUCACCGACGAAGACCUUAAUCGUGGCAGUCUUUACCCUCCCCUGGACAUCAUUAAAGAAUGCUCGAUUGAAAUAGCCGUCAGAAUCGCCAAUUAUGCGUAUAGAAAAGGUGGCUUGGCGAGCGAGUAUCCAGAGCCCAGGGACAAACGUUCCUUUAUCGCUAGCAAAAUGUACGAUGCCAAUUAUGACAGCCCACUGCCAAAUCUCUACCAAUGGCCGGGAGACUCGGCUAAGCCGCGCACUCUUCCUGAGAAAGAAUGUGUAGAUAUCCUUCACGAUUUGAAACAACUGUAGUGACUUUACGAGGACUGGGAAUUAGUAGGAUAAUUAUUACAAUUACGGUAACGAAAGGAAAAGCGACAAGAAAACGUGGUAUUAUCCGUUCUUCUCGUUUGGAGAAUGAAUGAAAGAAAAAGAAAGAAAAAUAUUGCUUUAUGGUCGAGAGACGGUCAUAGCGCGGCAAGAGCACUUUUCAAUAUACGUCCCUAUAUUUUUUGAACUCGUCAGAACCGAUAUAUACAUAUUAUAUAUAAACUUAAAGUAGAUUUUAGUCGAGAUCUUUUUCGUGGAAAAGUCUCGCCACUCUGUGAUGGAACGAUUAAAUUGUAUUUAUUUUAGUAUACUAACGUUCGCUUGGAACGCGAUUUAACGAAGCCAGUUAAUGUUUAUAUCGGGUUUCCAAUUAACUUGGCCAUCUUUUUCGUUUCGUCAGAACCCUACAAGGCAUUUCGUCUUGACUCCUAAUCAUUUUGAUUUGAUUUUACAAGAGAGAUCCACGUAACUGCAUGUGCCAUAAAAGCUGUGUAAACAUAUUUAUGUUGAAUGGAAAUUUACAAGGAAGAUAUCCCAGGCCCAAAAGCUUCAUAAUUCAUUUACGAUUAAUUGAUCGAUUAAACAGCAUGCGAGUGCCCCUUGAAUAUUUUACUGCAUGGCUGUCACUUAUAUAUAAACUAGCGUUACUUGUCACUAAUCGUGUUCUUCUCCCGACAGAUUAUGACGUGUUGGCGAGUCUAAAGACAAGAAGACCACGUUGACUCAUACAAAAGCAUUGUAGAUUACUCUCGAAGAGACGAAACAUCUUGCAAAGAUAAAAAGAAAAAAGAAAAAAAUAAGAGAGCAAAGAAACGUACAUGGCUACGCCUUAUGUUAAAUGUACUCAUGUAUUGCCAAUUAAGUAUUAUCAUGAUGCAGUGAUAUUUUUACUUAUUUAUCAUUUAUUUAUCAAAAACACAAUAAGUCCACAGCCUUGGAAUGAUUACGAUAAGCAAUGGGCAGCUAAAUAUGUGUCCUUAAACUGCCAUUUUCUUUUCUUUAGCUUUUGGACAGUCCGGUGUCAAAACGUAACGACGAAACAAUUUUUUAAUGUACCAAAUGAUGGCCUCGUUAUUUUAGUUUAAUCCCAUUAGUCCCAUGCAGUAGUGGAUUAUUUAAAUGAGAAUUCGAAAAUAAUAUCUGUCGGCAGCUAGGCAUAUAAUGGUUAAGCUAAUUCAUUUGAUUAGAACCGAGGCCCUUGUAUGACCCUCCAAUAUGUACCUCUUCGUUUCUUGUAUUAAUUAUAAUUAACCACUCGAUACAAGAAUCGUACCCCCUGUGAAAGUUCCUGAGUAUCACAGCCAGGCAUACGUUGUUCGGACAGUAAUGCACGACAUUCGAGACAUCAUUUUAGAGCUAUGGCCGUAUUGUACAUUGAUUGCACCGUUGCAAGAGAGUUGGGUGAAUAUUUAAAAAAUAAAGGAAAACUGCUUAACGGCACUUUCCGAUAAUCAGCAUUAAGAUCGAGUGCAAUUUAUAUUCGGUUAAAAGCGCAGCGUCAUUGCAUUUCAUGUUUCUUAUUAUUUUUAAAAGUGUGCAAUAUUGUAACAGUAUUUUUUUUUUCUUUUGUACGUAUUUGCGAAGUACGCAGUAUUAUGUGGGAAUAAAUAUGUAGACGCAGGUGUAUCGUCUGUCAUUUUAAAGCGGAACCUUCGAUAACGCAUGGUUCUUAGCUAGGAUGUCACGUGGAAUGUUAUUUGAAUUGUCAAAUUAACUUGUAUUACUGCCAUUACCACGAAAGUAUACUGUACUCAUUCUCUGGUGCAAUGCAAUGCGUGCGUACAUGAAACAUUGUGAAUCGGAACAUGCGUAACUAAGAAGAAAACCGAAAUGUAUCUAGUUGCAAUUAGUAAUGUAGAAUUUGUUGCUGGUUUUUUAAAUUACGUUAACCAGGAGUGAAAUAAACACUAAAUCCCGAGGAUUAUGUCGAUGCGUAA